CAGAGACUGGCCUUGGAGCACAUACUUUGGGUUAUUUCUUCAUUUUAAGGGUCAUAAUGGAGCGCGCACUCACAGGCAUGAAGCUAAAAGUGACUGUGUUGUUUCUGGUAACGAUCCAGCUGAGGACAGAUGUGACGGAGGCGAUGGAGAUAACAUCCUCGGGGCCACAAACCAUUCAGAAACCCGAGUGGGACACAGUCAAACUGGGAUGCACCUACACCCCCGGCCCAAGAGACACAGGAGAUCUGGACAUCGAGUGGUACAGCCUCAGCCCAGACAUGACGCAGAGAGACACACUGAUCUUAUCAUAUACAGGGGGCCAGAUGCACUACUACGGAGACACCAGCAUCUCCAAAAGGCUCCGCUUCAUAGCAGACCCCAAGCUGGGAGACGCUUCCAUCUCCAUCUCCGAUGUGAGGCUCUCAGACACAGCCACCUACCAGUGCAAAGUCAAGAAGGCCCCGGGUGUCGACAUGCGAAAAGUCACUCUGGUGGUGAUGGUUCCCCCAUCAGUGCCAAAGUGUUGGGUGGAAGGUGGCGAGGAGAAAGGUGGCACAGUCUCCCUCCGCUGCAAAUCCUCUAAGGGAUCCACUCCUCUCACUUAUGUGUGGAAGAGAGAGAGCGGAGGUGCAAUACCAGCCACUGCAACCCAAAACUCACAGUCUGGGGAGCUUUUGAUAAGUAACCAUACAGACAGCAACACUGGAACUUACAUGUGUGAGGCGAAAAAUGCUGUCGGCAAAGCACAGUGUAAAUAUGAACUGCAUGCAUACAACCCUACCAAUAAGGUGGGUGUCAUCGUUGGGGCGGUGAUAGGUGCUAUCUUGCUGCUCCUCCUCCUCCUGUUUCUCAUCUGGCUCCUGAUCUGCUGCUGCCAUAAGCGUCACUAUCAGAAAGAGGUCGCGAAUGAAAUAAGGGAGGACGCCCCGGCCCCAGAGAGCCGACCCUCCAGCAGGAACUCCAGCCUCCGCUCAGUGAUGGGGUACCGCACCCACCCCGGGGUGCACUACAGCUCGGUUGGGAACCACCUGCCCAGUAUCCGUGAAUCUCAACGCGGUUCCGUCUACACAGGCGGGAGUACCAGGUCGUCACAGCCACCUACUGCAGGGGACAGGCCUGCUCCCCUUCAGUACGACCAUCAAUACGGAUACCCUGUGUAGCUACAAUCAAACUGCAUAAAAGACUUUCUAUCUUUAGUAUCAAACUAAGGAAGAAGAAUGAAAAAAAGACUCUUACUUUGACGAUAAAUUAUCUUGUAAAGAAUGAACAGUAUGUUUUUUGACAAAUGGCGCAGUAUCAUAUGUUUAACUGGAGAACAAUGGGAGUUCUGGUAUAUUGGAGACUCCUAAAAUCUUACCUCAGCCCUUGGACAAACGUAAAUGUGCAACUGGCUGACUUUCAUGAUGCACUCUAGGACAUAUAAGAAUAGGUUCUUAUAAUUUAAGUCAUUAUUACACUGAUUAAGCUAAAGUUGUGUGUACAUGUAAAUAGUUAAAAUAUUUGUGUUUUUAUUUUAUUUUUUUCUAUGAUGGA